CAGACCUAGCACAGAAUUCCGCAUUGUUUACCUCGCUGCUAAAGUUUUUAGCGGAACUCCAUUUAUUGUAGUAAUAAUAGUAGAACAAAUCUCAAGUAAUAAUGACUGCCGUUCCGCCCCCUUCCAACAUCUCCACCCUGAUGCCGUUGGAACUGGUGGACAAAUGCAUCGGCUCCCGCAUCCACAUCAUCAUGAAGAACGACAAGGAGAUGGUGGGCACUCUUCUGGGAUUCGACGACUUCGUAAAUAUGCUCUUGGACGACGUGACGGAGUAUGAGAAUACGCCCGAUGGUCGCCGCAUCACCAAACUGGAUCAAAUUCUGCUCAAUGGCAACAACAUCACAAUGUUGGUGCCUGGCGGCGAGCUGGCGGAGUAAGAAGGUUUCAUUUAUGAACAUAAAUACAUUUGUAAAAUAAAUCAAGACUUUUUAAUGUGGAA